AUGCCAUCAAAAGGUUGGUGUUUAGAUCAUGAAAAUAUCUUCAUGUUACUUCCAUUCAUACAACUAAGAUCCAUUUUCCUCUGCAGAGAGUUUGGAAUCACGGUGACUAAAGCCUCACCAAGUCAAAGGAGUCUCUUGACUUAUAUACAAAUAUCUUCUCGGCAUCAAUGUACUUCUCGGAGAGGCACGGUGCCACCACUUUUUAUUUUGAAACGCUAUCUGUGUGGUUGUAUCUAUGUUGAGUCUAAUCUACAGAUUGAGCAGAUGGGGUUGGGGAAGACUCUACAAGCCAUUUCUUUUUUUACUCUACAAGACUUCCUUUCUCAGAUUCCGUGGCAGUAUGCUGUAAUUGAUGAAGCUCAAAUACCCAAGGAUCCCAACAGUGUUGUCUCACUAGGAAAAUUCAUCGAGUUUUUGAACUGA